CUUUACUAUAUAAAGCAAAUCAAAUUCUAAAACCUCACAAAGACAUAAAAACAAACAAAAAAUCCACUUGCAAAAUAAUGGCUUCAUCAAUCAAUAACCGAAAACCAAGUGAAAUUUUUAAAGCACAAGCUUUAUUAUACAAAAACAUGUAUGCCUUUGUAGAUUCUAUGUCUCUGAAAUGGUCAAUUGAGAUGAACAUACCAAAUAUUAUCCACAAUCAUGGCAAACCAAUUACUCUUUCAAACUUAGUUUCAAUUCUUCAAAUUCCAUCAACCAAAGUCGAUAACGUGCAGCGUCUCAUGCGUUACCUCGCACACAAUGGAUUCUUUGAGAUAAUUACAAAUCAAGAAUUAGAAAAUGAAGAAGAAGCUUAUGCUCUCACUGUUGCUUCAGAGCUUCUUGUUAAAGGAACUGAACUUUGUUUAGCUCCAAUGGUUGAGUGUGUUCUUGAUCCAACACUUUCAACUUCAUUUCAUAACUUAAAGAAAUGGGUUUAUGAGGAAGAUCUCACUCUAUUUGCUGUCAAUUUAGGUUGUGAUUUAUGGGAGUUUCUUAACAAAAACCCUGAGUAUAAUACAUUAUACAAUGAUGCUUUGGCUAGUGAUUCCAAAAUGAUUAAUUUGGCAAUGAAAGAUUGCAAUUUGGUGUUUGAGGGGUUGGAAUCAAUUGUGGAUGUUGGUGGUGGAAAUGGAACAACUGGUAAGAUUAUUUGUGAGACAUUUCCUAAGUUGACUUGUGUUGUUUUUGAUCGUCCAAAGGUUGUAGAGAAUUUAUGUGGAAGUAACAAUUUGACAUAUGUUGGUGGGGACAUGUUCAUAUCUGUUCCUAAAGCUGAUGCUGUUUUGCUUAAGGCGGUUUUGCAUGAUUGGACUGAUAAGGAUUGCAUAAAGAUACUAAAGAAAUGUAAAGAAGCUGUUACAAGUGAUGGAAAAAGAGGAAAAGUGAUUGUGAUAGAUAUGGUAAUAAAUGAAAAGAAAGAUGAGAACCAACUUACUCAAAUAAAGCUACUCAUGAAUGUUACAAUUUCAUGUGUUAAUGGAAAAGAGAGAAAUGAGGAAGAAUGGAAAAAGCUCUUUAUAGAAGCAGGCUUCCAAGAUUACAAAAUAUCUCCUUUUACUGGAUUAAUGUCUCUUAUAGAGAUCUAUCCUUAAAAUACUAAUGGUUUAAUCCAUUUAGUAGUUUACAUGCUGUUAUAACAAAAUAAAUUUAUAAUAAGCACAACCCAUUUGGGUUGGUCUGGUGGUAUUGGCUUGGGAUCUUGAAGUGUGCUCCUUUUGAAGAUCUUAGGUUCGAUUCUCCAGCACUUGAUUGAUGUUGUGAACUUAAUAAAGUCACAUGUCUUAUGAUAAUUUGGGGAAGAAAGACACUGACCUUGACUUGUGUGAUUUUCUUGGACCUAAAUUGUGAUGUUUCCUUUGUAUAAAUUUUGAUUUUCGUAUUUUGUACCACAAUAAUAGCAAGAGCAAGUUAUUGAUAAAACAAAUGUUGGUGUUUUA